AUGCCACCCAUCUCAGAUCCAAAUCCAGAUCCGGCCAGAGUGGCCAGCGGAACAACUGGUGGUGCUUUAAAUUCAAGGAUAAAUCCAUCCCCACAGCCACAUGAUCCACCAGCAACAUCUUCCAACCCUACUGAUACUAUUAGAUAUAAUGAAUGCCUAAAGAAUCAUGCUGCAAGUGUAGGAGGUCAUGUUUUAGAUGGAUGUGGAGAUUUCACGCCCAGUGGAGAAGAGGGCACCCCAGAAGCCUUAAGAUGUGCUACUUGUGAUUGCCACCGGAGUUUCCAUCGAAGAGAGGCCGACGGAGAGCCACAAACUGGCAUGUCUCACUACUACACAUACAAUCCCAACUUCAGCAAUAACAAUAUCCAUAGGAACCCGUUAUUUCCUCUGCAGAAUCAGCAUUUUACUUGA